CCCGCCAGGGGGAACCUUCUGUACCUUGCUCGGUUUUUUUCCGGUGGGGACACAGGGGGAACUCAAGCGACUCAAGUUCAAGCUAAGGAAGUUCCUGCGCUGGGAAAUGAAUCUACAGUACUGUAUAUCUAGCCUGUGCCUGUGCCUGUGGGCGGAACGCCGUUUGAAUUGGUAGAUACGACACGCCACUUUGGAGACGCGUGCCUCAAGCGACGCUAAGCUCGGGAAGUAGUAGCCGUCAGUGCGUUCCGUGUGUGUGUGUGGAUGGCGAGAAAAACAAAAGACCAAGGAGCACGUUAGCACAUUGCGCCGUAUACGGUUGCGUACAAGUUGUACAAUGCGACCAGGGAACUGAGAGUGACCUUUUAUCGGUUAUAAAAUACAUAUACCGUUUUUCUUUUCUUUAUUUUUCCAAAUCUUAUUGUAAUGUAUUGACAAAAAAAGUAAACCUUACGAAAAACAGUUGAGAAUUGAACAAUUUACGACUUAAUUUCAAUGUCCACGCAUUGCCUUGGAUGGGUACUUCGCCCCCACCAACAUGGCCACCGCGGAGUCACGCCGGCUCGAGGGGCUGCAACAGCACGCUAGCUCAUCUCGUGUUCCUAUCUACGUGUGGAACGCUGGGCGAGCCGCGCGGUUACCAUGACGACGAGGCUUUGUUGUACGUCACUACCGGCAGGAGGCGCUUCAGGAGCCUCGGUUUGCUCUCUUUUCGCUCUUUUUGUCGCUCGCGUCGUCGCAUGAAGAGGAAGAAAGCGGGCGGACUCUGUGCCAGUCGUCACCACGGCCCGUUCGUCGCGCGUCUCAUGUUAGCAUCACAUGCUAACUCGCUCCGCCAGUGCGUGCGUGUGCGUGUGUGGCUGUAAGGCGUGCGCGCGCGCGUGAGGACCAUGUCCGUGUCCGUGAUCAUCAAGUGGGGCGGCCACGAGUACGCCAUCACGUCCCUGUGCGAGGAGGACACCGUCAUGGACCUCAAGCAGUCCAUCAAGGCGCUGACCGGCGUGCUGCCCGAGAGACAGAAGCUGCUCGGGCUCAAGGUCAAAGGGAAAGCGGCGGAGGACCAAGUGAAGUUGGGCUCGCUCAAGCUGAAGCCCAACACCAAGAUCAUGAUGAUGGGCACCAGGGAGGAAGGCCUGGAGGAGGUUUUAGCGCCCCCCCCCGAGAAUGACGACGUGGUCAACGACUUUGACAUCGAGGAGGAGGUCGUCGAAGUGGAGAACAGGGAGGAGAACCUGGCAAAGAUCACUCGGCGCGUCAAAGACUACAAGGUGGAGGAGAUGAACUCCCCCAGGGAAGGAAAAAGACUUCUGGUCCUGGAUGUGGACUACACUUUGUUUGACCACAAGUCGUGCGCAGAAACCGGUCAGGAGCUGAUGAGGCCGUACCUUCACGAGUUCCUGACGUCGGCGUACGAGGAUUACGACAUCGUUAUCUGGUCUGCCACCAGCAUGAAGUGGAUCGAGGCCAAAAUGAAGGAGCUGGGUGUGAUUGACAACCCCAACUACAAGAUCACGUUCAUGCUGGACAGCGCCGCCAUGAUCACCGUGCACACGCCCAAAAGGGGCGUCGUCGAGGUGAAGCCGCUGGGCGUGAUCUGGGGCAAGUACGAGCGCUUCUACAGCAGGAAGAACACCAUCAUGUUCGACGACAUCGGACGCAACUUCCUCAUGAACCCGCAGAACGGACUCAAGAUCCGGCCCUUCAUGAAGGCCCACAUGAACCGCGAGAAGGACCGCGAGCUCCAGAAGCUGAGCGAGUACCUGAAGGAGAUCGCCACCCUCGACGACUUCACUACGCUCAACCACAAACACUGGGAGAAGUAAUGCAAAAAUGCACAACUGCACGAACACAAACACCGGGAGAGGUACCUGUCCAAGAGACAGCAACACUGACCACAAAGUACACGAGACCACGACGAAGACAAUAUGACGACGACACACUGGAAGAAUGCAAAUCCCGCAGACAAGCUCCGCCCGCUACACACAGACGACCUGCACUGUGUGUGUGUGUGUGUGUGUGUGUGUGUGUGUCCGGUCUCAUGACACAAAGUAUACCGCUGCGCUCGACACCCUGGUACUUCCUGCCACAACACACGCCAACAUGUACGCAGCAACACAAAAAUACAGAAAACACAAUGCAGCAAAUACAACAAGAAGACAAGAAGCGCAAUGCGGCAACACAACUAAGUAACAACACAAACACAACGCAGCAAUACAAAAAACACAACACAACAAUACAACAAUUCAGCCACAGAAGAAACAACAACAUAACAGCAAACACAAUGUAGCAACACCACAACACAAAACAGCAGCACAUGCAGCAACAACAGAAAACAACACAAGUGCAAAAACAACGACAUAAUGCAGCUAACACAACUUAGCAACACAAAAACAAGAAUUGCAAAGAUGAAAAACAUCUUAAAAGGCUUAGAAAAUAUAGUAGUGUGCAUGUUGUCAUGGAAACCGCUGGAGGAAUGUGUGUGUAUAUGUAACUUGGUCAGUGGAGCGAUUGUGUUGUUGUUGUCGUUUGGGUGAAGAGACUGCAUUUUGAACAACAUUUGGCGUGUGCAAGUAUGACCUGAAUUAAUACAAACUUUUUUUGUACCCAAACUCUCUGGAGUGCGUCAUUGAUUUAAUUGAGCUCUUUUAUGCAAU